ACGGGCCGGGGCUCCGCCGCCGCCGCGGAGCGUCUGCCAGCGGCGCCCGGACAGAGAGUUGCAGUUCUCUAGCCCAGAGUAAAACUGGCUGACACCAUUGCUCGGGCUCCGUGUGCUUGAUAGAGAACUGUUAAGAUGGGAAAUAGUGCACUAAAAGCCCACCUGGAGACAGCACAGAAAACUGGUGUGUUUCAGCUGACAGGAAAAGGACUUACUGAGUUUCCUGAAGAUCUGCAGAAGCUAGCAAGCAACUUACGGACAAUAGACUUGUCGAACAACAAAAUAGAGCUCUUGCCACCUCUCAUUGGAAAAUUUUCCUUUUUGAAGAGCCUUGCUCUAAACAACAACAAACUGACUGCUUUACCUGAGGACCUGUGUAAACUGAAAAAACUGGAAACACUGCACUUGAAUGGCAAUCACUUGAGGCAGCUACCAGCUGCAUUUGGACAACUUUCAGCUCUGAAAACCCUGAGCCUUUCUGGAAAUCAGCUUCGGACUGUGCCUACACAACUCUCUGGUCUUCGCCAUUUGGAUGUGGUGGAUCUUUCAAAAAACCAGAUUCAAAACGUCCCUGACACUGUGGGAGAACUGCAGGCUAUCGAGCUCAAUUUGAAUCAGAAUCAGAUUUCCCAGAUCUCAGUGCAGAUCUCCCACUGUCCCCGCCUCAAGGUCUUGCGUUUAGAAGAAAACUGUCUAGAACUCAGCAUGCUGCCUCAGAGUAUCCUCAGUGAUUCCCAGAUUUCACUGCUUGCAGUAGAAGGCAACCUCUUUGAAAUCAAGAAACUCAGAGAACUGGAAGGUUACGACAAGUACAUGGAACGAUUUACAGCUACAAAGAAGAAGUUUGCAUGAUCACUAUUCUGACCCUGUAUAUUUAUCAGUGAGACGAUUUAGAUGAGAAGCAUCUGCUUCACUGACCUUAACCAAGACUGAUGAAGGAAAUGAUCAGAGUACUCCUAGUAGUCUCAAACAGCCUGUUAAGACCACACUGAAUAAACUUGAACUAGAGAAUAUAGGUAUUGAACUGAUGAACCUGCCUAGGGGCCAGUUUUGAUUUUUGUGCCACAAUAGCUUUUAACACAGUACAUGUUCUCCUUUGUCAGGGCUUGUUCUUUCACAGAGAAAGGGAACAAGCAUUUCAAAGUUGCCAGUUCCCUUUUGUCAGGAAGCUGACUGUUGAUUUGUAAGAGGAUUAUUUCUUCUGGAAACAUUUUUCUGUGAUGGCACAUGGAAGUCCUACCACCAAAGCACGGUAUGUCUUGCAGUAAGCACUGUUCUGUAGAGAAGAACUUUUAUAGAUAAGGUUUUAGUUUAUAAUUUGUGUAAGUUUUUUUUUUAAUGAAGCACAAAUAGUUGUGAUUAAGUUAAAUGUUUUAUUAACAGCUUCCAGUAAACAAAUAGUGGUUUGACCAUCCUUAAUUUAUAUUUUACCCUACAUGCUUUCGUUUCCCAUUAAGCAAGAAUUGCACUACAAUCCACUUUUACUAGAGCUGUAUCAAAUAAAAAUUAGGU